AUGGAAGCAGAGAAUUGUAAAAUCGACUAUCCGCCAUCAGCAACGCCCUUGCAUUUGGCUAUUAGCGAAAACAAUUACGAAUUGGCUGAAAAUUUAAUAAAAGAAGGAGCUGAUGUCAACGCCAUGGGUCUUUAUCAUUUGUGGGGACGUUCUGAUGUCUGUUGCUCGCCAUUGCACAUCGCGGCGGACAAGGGGGACAAAUCAUUAGUAGAAUUACUGAUCAAGCAUAAGGCAAACUUGGACUACAGAACGACCACUGGAGAAACAGCUUUCUGCAUAGCUAUGGUUAAUAUCAAUCAUGAAAUAGCUGAUAUUUUAAUGAACGCAGGCGCCAACGUUAAUGCACAUAAUGAUGAAUUAUCUUCUGCACCUGAUCUGAUACUUCCUAAUGGUUUAUUUUAUCGCACUAUAAAAAAGGGAUGUAUGCCAGACCUAUCGGUUAUUUCCAAAUAUGUCGGUAUUUUUUAUAUGCUUGCAUUUGUGAUUUUCAUUAUUUAUGAAAGUUGUUCUCAAAAAUCAUCUUAA